AUGAGAAACGUGUUGUACCUGAAGAGAUACGUUGGACAAGAAAACCACAUAAAUAGUUUGGAGAAAGAUUUUGAAAAUUCUAUUAUUAACUCGCAACCAAUGGAGUUCAUUGAUGAGAUGAGAGGAGCAGAGUGUGUACCAGGGGAUCACAUGAACAAACUUAGCGAGCAGCUUAUUCAUGGUUGUGCUGCCAAUCCAUACUUAACCGUUUUUAAUGUUCAGUCGGCUUUUAACAAUAUUGGCCAGCUCCAGUGCUACCCAACAAAUAGUAGCACAAUAAUAUCCAUGGGAAAGUUAUUUAAAAUAUCUAAUACUGACUCGCUUGCUGAACCACCUCUAAAAGAUAAGGGUGCUUAUCCUUAUGCUAAGGACAUGUAUAUACCCUAUGAUGGAAACUUCUUUGGAGUAUAUUACUGCAAAGGUGUACUAAAUGGUGAGACAACCAUUGUAAAAACUACAGUUGUGAAUCUAGAGGGCGCUUCAGAUUCUGAUGUUACACCAACAAACGAAAAAACAAGUAUCACUGCUUCUGUUGGAGAAUCUGUUACUGUAUCAUUCGAUGUGAGAGCGUCCAGUAACCACAUUUGGAGGAAGAAUGGUGAACUGCUGGAUAACUAUGAGAAACUUUAUGAUCAUUCAAGCUUAAAUUUUACUAGUGUAAAAGUUGAUGAUGGUGGCAUGUAUGAACUUUAUAUAGAUGGACAAAGGGAUGAAUACAAUCAUUCAUUUAUUGAACUGAUUGUGAAAGAAUGUCCUACUGGCCACUGGGGUGCACCUGGAUGUACAGGUAUUUGUAAUAAUUGUUAUAAUGGUGGCGUAUGCGAGGACAAGAAAGGUAACUGUAUUUGUGCACCAGGAUUUAAAGGAGAAAGCUGUGAAGAUACUUGUGGUGGUAAUCAAUUCGGACUUAAUUGUGAAUAUAGAUGUACACGUAGUUAUGGUUACGAAGAUCGAUGCAGAGGCAAUCAUUAUUGCCUGCCUAAUCCAUAUGGAUGCAACUGUAUAACAGGUUUUACUGGUCUUGAUUGUUUAACAGAUUGUGACUCUGGAAAGUUUGGUGCGGGCUGUAGUCAGGAAUGCCACUGUACGUCAGGAUCUUGUAACCAGUAUACUGGAGAGUGUGCGUCAGGUACUUGUGCAACUGGAUGGUCUGGAAGUAACUGUCAAGUUCCAAGCACUUGUCCCGUUGGCUAUUUCAGCACAUCUUGUACAUCAAUUUGCCAUUGCCAUGAUAAUUUUCAAUGUGAUAAGAAUACUGGUGUAUGUAGUAAUGGACUGUGUGCAAUAGGAUACCAUACAUAUGACAAUUUAUUUUGUGAAGCCUGCCAAUCCGGAAGCUAUGGUUACUAUUGUGCUUUUAAUUGUAAUUGUGAUUCCGCCUCAUGUCAUCAAGAAACUGGAUGUAAUGGCGGUUGCCUAAAUAAUUGGUUGUUAAACUCCUGCACUACAGGAAUCACUGCAUCUUCUAACACAAGGGUUAAUCCAGGUCAGAUGUCCACAUUCCAAUGUGACAUUGAAGGUGAUGUGACUAACGUUACAAUUCAGUUUCUUCAAGUAAAUAAUAACCAACUUGCUACAGAAACUGGACGCACAGAAUCAAAUGGAGUUACCAGAGUUACAUUUACAAGUGAAGCAAAUGUUGCAGUUCCAUAUGUCUGCAGACUUGCUACGGAUUCUUAUACAGCAUAUGCAGAGCAUUCACUUAAUAUCUUUGACGAUCUUCAUCAUCUGCGCUUUGGAGCCACUUACCUCAAGACAACAGUCUUACAGCCACAGUGA